GAUGAGGAUGCGCUGGUCUUGAUGCAGGCGGAAGUCCGGUUAUUCUGUGUGACGAGUUGGCUUUUAUGUUUAUCAUUUUGGCAGAGUAGCAGUAGCUGGCAGUAGCACUAUCAACAGCAAGGAGGAUGGUCGAGAAGAUGUAGCACAUGGCAAUGCUCCGCGGACGACGAGCAUCCGCAGCAGCAUGCAGGAGACGGCGGCCCCGCUUUGGGGCGAGGCCGCCCGGCUUCGUGCGGCCAUCCGCUGCCAGGCACGCGCUUUGGCGGUGGGGAUGAUGACGCGGCGCAGGGCAAGGCCGGCGGGCUGCGUGCUUCGCUUGCUUCCAGCGCCCGCCGGGCCUUGCCUUGCGCCGGCUUUUUGCCUGCUCGGCUUGUUGUUAUUCUUGGGCGACGUGGUCAAAUUCUACAUUGUGAAUGACACGCGCCACGAGACGAGCCGGGCCCCCCCCCUUUGAUCAGCCGGCCCGCGUGGUUUGCGCAUGUUCUUCCCUGGCCGGCUGCGUUUGUCGGCCCGCCGGCGGGCUGGGCCAGCCGGCCCCCCCGCCGGGCUGUGGUUUGGCGGCCCCGCCCCCUUUUUCCCCCGUUGCCCCAUCAGCCGGCCCGUGAGUGUGCCCGGCGGGCGCCAGAGCGCCCCUUAAGAAAUUAAUAGGCAGGCAGCAUUCUACCUGCCGGCCGGAGUCCUAGCCGACGGACCGCGCCGGCCAGCCGGAACGCAGCGGGGCCGGCCGUGUUUCCGCGUUCAUUCUAUUGGGCUUUGUCUUGUGCCGUCAUGGCGGAAAAGCGCAGUACCGCUCGCGGCACGUUAAUUGCCCGGAAUAAGGCGCUGCUGUUAUUGUUGCGUGUGUAGCAAGAAAAGUAUUGCCGGGCCCAUCUCGAUGCACGCAGUGUGGUGCAGAUCAGGGCGCGAGAUC